CCUCCCUCUCUGCCUGCCUGCCUGCCUGCCUGCCUGUCUGUCAGCUUGCCUCGACCACGUAGCAGCUUCCUGGCAGCGGCAGCCGCUUGUGUCUACUCUCCCUCUCUCUGUCACACUCACACACUCAGUAUCAGUAGCCCAUGUAGAACCACGUAGCACCAGCUUUGGAUUUUAACCACCAGCAGCGGCGGCGGCGGCAGCAGCAGCGGCAGCGGCAAUGGAUCUCUUUGAAUUCGACUUUUUCAGAGACUGGGAGCUUGAACAACCAUGUCAUCUGGAGUCGGAGCGCAGCGCCCUGAAGAGGAGAGAGUGGGAGAGGAGGAACCAGGAGGUCCAACAGGAUGAAGACCUGUUCUCAACUGGAUUCAACUUGUUUGGGGAACCUUAUAAAACUAAUAAAGGUGAUGCAUUGGCCAGUCGCGUCCAGAACACACUGGGCUCCUAUGAAGAAAUGAAAGACCUAUUAACCAGCCAUUCCAACCAGAGCCACUUGGUGGGAAUCCCCAAAGGCAGCAACAACCUGCAGACCCCGACCACUUCAACGACAGAGAGACCCGCCAUGGAGUCCCAGCUUUUCAACGAAGCCCUGAGAGGAGGAACAGGUGGAGGAGGAGGAGCAGAAGGGGGUGGGGACAAGAGGGUGGGAAAUGCCUCUUCCUCAUCUUCAACUUCCAUGCAACCUCCUGCUUCAACCACAUCGUCAUCAAGCGCCACAACCCUCCCACAUCAGAAUUCGAAAAAGUCAAGAAGCUCCAUGGACUGGUCAAGGUCAGGCCAUGGACAGAGUACCCAAGGAACAGGCCUCGUUCUGGGGCUAGGACAGAAUGGGCAGGGGCAGGUCACAGCAGCUACGAGUGGAAGAGGGAAAAUGUCUUUAUUAGAGGAACAAAGGCAUGAAGAGCUGUUUAGCUCACUUAAAGAUGAACUCGGUCUAAAAGGAGACUCAAGCCCUUCUUCCUCCACUUCGUCCUCCUCUUCCUCUUCUUCUCGGAGAAGGCACUCUUCCCACCCCUCCAAAACCCUUCCUCUCCCAGAUGGUGGCAAUUUUCGAUCUUCCACCAUGGACGGUGGCCAUUUUAAGUCUUCCACUAACACAGAAAAUGGUGGACAUUUUAAAUCCUCCCCAUUUGAAAAUGAGACGGGUUCUCACCUCUCUACAUCCUCCUCCCCGCUGGCUUCCACAUCAGUUCUGACGACGCCUACUCCUGGUCUAACCACACCCACAUCUGGACUGACUACCCCCACCUUCCCACCUGGUAGCCUAUCAGGGAAGCCGAUCGCAGUGCAGCAAAAGCCCACAGCGUAUGUUCGACCAAUGGAUGGUCAGGACCAGGCACCUAGUGACUCUCCCCAGCUUAAACCCCCUCUAGUGGCCACAGAGGGAUUUAACAACAGUCAGGCUUACGGAGGAAACUCUGGGAAUGUGAAGAAUAAACUGCCAAAACUGAGUCUCAGCCACGCAGGGGAGGUCAGCCUACCAAAUGACUCCAGCUGUGUUGAAGAGAUUUUGCGGGAGAUGACCCAUUCCUGGCCGCCUCCUCUCACAGCCAUACACACUCCUGGGAAGGUUGAUCAAACCAAGUUCCCCAUCCCAAACAAGGAGUCACAGCAUGUGACCUCAGGCUACAACACCCAGAAGCGAUGUACUGUAUCAGCUAACAAGCCUGCUGCUAAACCACCAACUGCACCACAGAAGUCAAUGUUGGAGGAUGACCUGAAGAUCAGCAGCGAUGAGGAAGAGGCCGAACAAAAGGCGUCUGACAAGCCCAAAGCCAGAGGCACAGCCGUAAGUGGAGCAUCAGGGAGCAGCAGUGAAUCAGAGAGCAGCUCAGAGUCGGACACAGACGAAUCAGAGAGCAGCUCCAGUGACAGCGAGUAUAAUCAGGCCUCCCGCACAAACACUCCAGAGCCUGAGCCCCCCUCCACUAACAAGUGGCAGCUGGACAGCUGGUUGAAUAAGGUCCAAGCUCAAACCAAACCCCUGGUUCCCCCUCAGCAAGAACAUCAUGGCACAGGCUCCAUCGCCCAGGGUCCGGACACUUUCUCUCCAAGGAGUGAAGCACCAGGAGUGGGUACGGCUGCCAAGACCAAGCCCUGCGGAUCCAACAGCACCCCUGUUCCAGCGGCACCAACAGUGGAACACAAGGAAACAAGGGGAGCUUUCUGCCCAGGCAGAGAGAAGGCCAAGGCCAAGCUCAGCCAGAAGGCCUCAGCGGAUGGCCAGAGGUCAAAGAUGAGGCUGUCACCGGGCCUGUUGUCAGGGCCAGAGGUCACGACCCCAAGGAGGAACACCACAGGGAAGAAACAGCCCAGGCGGACAGAGAGAUCAAACAGUGUGGAGGAUAAUCAGAGCCAGACAUGGAACAGAGCAAACCAGCAUAGCCCUGCAGCUAGGGAGAAGGACCUGUUGCCGCCCCCCUCCCUGGAGCAUCCGAACCCCCCGAGGCCACGAAGCAAACCCCCCAGUGGGAAAACAGCCCCCAGGAAAGAACCUCGCAGUGCUACCAACUCAAACAACAACGCAGUUACUCCACCAGCGGCGCUACAGCAAAUCCCUGUGCCAAUACCUGCUGUCAGUGUAAACCAGGAUAAGAGGAAACACAGAGGUCCAAACACCAAAAUCACACCCAAGUCCCGAGAAUUCAUCGAAACUGAUUCCUCCUCCUCCUCCUCUGAAUGCCAGUCAGAUUCAGAGGAAGCCAUCAAAAUCCCCGCUGUGCCACCUCAGACCACGCGCUCUGCGAUUAACACACAGACUCUGUCCAACACACAUGUACACACGCCUCUUCUCCCAUGCCUGGCCUCUGUUAGCAGUAUGGGGAGUCUGGGGACAUUUGGAGGGAAGGGACUUCGAGUCAAAGAUGGUAGCAAUGUGACCACUAAUGGUAGCAGUAGUAGUAAUAGUAGCAUCAGCAGUGGUGGUAAUGGCGGCAGUAAUAGCUGUAACUCCCUAAGCAUUAGCAACAUCAGUGGUUCAUUUGGAACUUCUGUUCCUGAUCCUGGAGGGUUAGGAGGACAGUGCAAAGACCUGGAGUCCAUGUCACCACCUUCCAACACGGGGCAUGAGGUGCCUCUCUCCCCCUUGAGGGAGUACCAAGAGAUCCAGAGUUUAUGGGUGAAAAUUGACCUGAGUUUGCUCAGCAGGGUGCCUGGCCAGGGUUCGGGGGAAAGAUCCAGAGCAGGAAUCGCAGAAAGGGAUGGGAGCGAAGGGAGAGACAGAGAGAGACAGGGGGAGAGGGAGAAGACAGGGGUGGCAGAGAGAGAAAGACAGAAGCAGGAAGAGAGAGAGUGGCCAGGGCUGAGAGAGAGGCAGAAGUUACCUAAAGGGGAAAAACAGGAAGAAGAAAAUGAGCGAUUAGUGCAGGACAGAGAGAGGCAAGGUGACAGAGACAGAUUAACAGAGAGAGAGAGGCAGACGGACAGAGAAAGAUUUGGGCUUGGGGAGAGGGAAAGGACGACGGGCAGGGACAGAGAGAAGGCAUGCCAAGGUCUGGGGGUCCUGGACAACCCCCCUGUGCAAGAGCAGAGUAAUCCCAGGCUGGCUGCGAGGACGGAGAGAGGAGAGAAUGGAGGCAAACACAGGAGGCAGGCAGCUGGAAACAUAGUGGUCCCAACAGACAAACACACCAGCAAGAGCAAGAGGAAACACAAGUCGGACCACAGUGAGUCAUCAGUCAACGGCAAUAAAAAGCUGCGAUUGGACAAAGACUGUCAGCUCCUCCCACCCUGCAUCUCUCCAAUACACAACCACAAGAACAGCUCUACAGAUAGCUCUCUAAACAGGAAGCAGGCGCGACGGCGCGAUGAGAAGCUGCUCCCACCCCUCCUGUCCCCCCUCUCUGACGAUCCCCCUCGUAAACGAACCUGUGACAGCAGUUCCUCUCUCAGCCAGGAGGGCGGCGCCGCUGCUGCGUUGCUGCCCUGCUCCACCUCUUCCACUUCCACUUCCUCACACAGGCACAGGAGAGGGGAAGGCAAGGCGUCAUCGCAUGCGAGAAAUGGCAGCGAAGUGGAUCUGCAUGGCGAGAAGCCCAGCGCAGACGGUUUCCAUGCCAACGGACAGUCAGACUCGGAGGUGUGGUCCGAACCUCUGAUGGAACCUGCCGAAUCUCGCAGGCCAAGACUGUCAUUUAGCGACACAGUCCACAGUGCAGACUACUACAUGCAGGAGGCCAAGAGACUGAAGCACAAGGCUGAUGCUUUGAUGGACAAAUUUGGUAAAGCGGUGAACUACGCAGACGGCGCCCUCUCCUUCAUAGAGUGUGGAAACGCUAUGGAGCGAGAUCCGCUAGAGGCCAAAUCACCAUAUACCAUGUACUCUGAGACUGUGGAGCUAAUCAGGUAUGCCAUGAGGUUGAAGAACUUCACCAGCCAUUCAGCCACCGUCGCUGAGAAGAAACUAGCUGUGUUGUGUAACCGCUGUCUGUCUCUGCUGUAUCUGAGGAUGUUCCAUCUGAAGAAAGACCACGCUGUCAAGUACUCGCGGUCGCUCAUGGAGUACUUCAAGAAUUCCGCCAAGAGUUCCCACCAGGCACCCUCUCCCUGGAGGACCAAUGGGAAGGUCAAUGGGACUCCAUCUCCCCUCUCACUCAGCCCCUCCCCAGCCAGCAGCGGAGGAGGAGGUGGAGGAGCAGGAGGAGGAUCUGGCAGUGCCCCGGGCUCAUCUGGAAAUGUGGCUAUUCCCCAGCGGAUUCACCACAUGGCUGCCAGUCACGUUAAUAUCACCAACAACAUCCUGCGGAGCUAUGAGCACUGGGAGACGGCCGACAGACUGGCCACUGAUAGCCAAGAGUUCUUCCAGGAGCUGGACUUGGUGAUGGAACCGUUGAGUCAGCAGAGCAGCAUGACUGAGCUGGUCCGAUACAUCAGGCAGGGUCUGCACUGGCUCCGCAUAGAGGCUCACCUGCUGUAAGGACUGGACCUGAGCCAAAAUAAAUAAAAAUAAAAAAGAAAUGGGCCUGGGAGCUAGAACUGUGAUAACAAGUGAGAUGAGACUCAGGACGAUGCUUCAGUUCCCACUGGGAUCCUUCAAAUGACCCGACACCACCCACGGUAAUGUAACGGCAUAGACUGGGUGGAUUAAUUGGGCUGAAAUUCACCUGCAAUUAGGACUGAACAGUAACUAAGUUUGGGAAUUUCAACUGUGAAUCACAGAAUACAAAUUAGCACAUUAAAAUGUGGCUGAUGCAGCUUUUUGGAGCAACUGCAACUGUACAUCAGUGCAGGUAGCUUAAAUUCCUAAAGGGACAAUACAUGUUACAAACCUCCCUGUGUCCCUGAAUAGAAAUAAGAACCAGAGGAAAGGUAAAAAGUAUUUUUACUAAGACAGGAUCAUUUUCAAAAGGAUAUGUGAGAGGCUUGUGAUUAAGGAUGCUGAAGGUAGGGAAGGAGCUCAACAGAGGCUCAUCUGCUCCAACAGUGGUCUAGAAACGUGUCUGUUAUUGGGACUAGAAUUAAAGCCUCAGGCUGAUAUUGAUCCAAGUGGAGUUCCGGUUCAAUCCAUUAGAUAAGGACCACACUGGUAAAGAAAAGAGGCUCAGCUACAACCACUAGAGCUGAAUUGAUGGAGGCUGAAGUUACUCCUCUCCUUCUAUUUCAGUCAGAAGCCAGAGGCUGCCGAACUUGCCUGUGUUGUGUAUUCCUUCGAUAAUUUAACAACAGUAAUUAGUUACAAGGAUACAAAAUGGCUUCUGAGGAAUGACUGCUGAAAAGUCACCCUUCGUCGUUAACAAGUCAGUCAAAGUAAAAUAUUUUAAAGUUAUAAUCCUUAAGAAUGUCAUCACGUCAAACUCAAUUUUUGAUACUAUUUAUGGCUGGCAUUUAUUCUGCUGUAGCCACUUAAUGUAUUUACACUCGUUAGUUACUUUUCAUAUAGAAGUUUGCAUUGUCAGUGGCGGAGUCCGCCAUUCCUGUGCUGGAUUCAAAUGGCGUACACAUGCACUAGGGAUUCACAGGAAAUAAUGCACGUACAGGACGAAAGAUAUAUGCAAUGACGUAAUCCAGGAGAGCAGAACAGCUGGUCACAGGCAUUUUGAAGAGGAAACAUAUUUGCGUCGGUACAGCUACAGCGAUAAAGGAGACAUCACAUUUGCGAUGUAAACAGAUACACAAGCUCCUCUUCUUCUGUUGUAUUUCUGACAGAAAUGCUGCUCAAAGCGUGUUUCCUGCCCCCAGUGAUCAAUAACCAUGUAAUUUUGAACAGAACUCUGGGACUUCAUUAAGACGUUAGCAUUACCACUAGUAACCACAGGCAUCGCUAAAUCAAUCAGAAGUGAAAUCUUAAGGGUUAUAACUUUAAAUCGGGAUUUCCUUCUUAAUUCUGGAUUAUCUUCUGGUUAACCACAAGAAAUCAGAUUAUUCAAGUUUAUUCGAAUGGUCUCGCCUACCUCUAAAUAGGUCCAGUUACUGUGUGAAAAUUUUCUAUACUAUCACAAUAUGAUUCCUGAGUUUUGGUGCCAAUAUAUAAAGAAAGAGAAAAGACGAAGUUCUUAAAUGUUAAAUGUUUGUCUAAACACAAGCAGUCAUACAAGGAUUUUGUCUUAAAUUGGCAAAUUUUUUAUUUAAAUGAUCAACUCUCAUCGAUGAAUAUGUUAACAAGAUAAUGAAUUUGACUAGACAUUUGAUGCCAGCUUUUCAUACUUGACAGUUUUUAAUAGGCCGACUUGUUGCAACGGACACAUUUUGGUCCAAAAAGGUAGUGAGGUUUGAUACCCAGCCCUACCUCUUAAUGUAGUGGCCCCUGGUGUGGGGCGGUGACACUAACAUUUUUAAAGCUUCAAAUACAUCUAUGAGUAUCAGCACAGCGUCCGUUUGUCCAGUUGCCAUCAAGCAACUCACUUGCGACCUGGAUCAGUGGUUUGUUUAAAUAGCUCUAAGAUCUCAGACGUGGAGCCUCUCAGUACAAUCGAAUCAAGAUAACCCUAACAUUAAGAUGUGCCUAGCUAGACUGAGGAUUACAAGACUUGGUCAUGUUGCAGUCCGGGAGAGUUAACAGCUCAAUAGAACAUGCACUCAAUUCACUGGUCCUACAAAUGAGGGCUUUCUUCCAAUCAAAAAAAAAAAAAAAAAGCAUUUGUCUGGUUCUUCUCUUACUGGUUAUUGGCUUUUGUGAAAUUCCACUCAGUUCUAUUUCCCAUAGUAACCUACCCACUAUGGUGUCAAACACUUACAGGGGGGAAAAAAACGACAAGAUUUAGUAUGAUUUGGCUCUAAUUAAGCCCAGCCCACGUGCAGAUCAAGUACACGGGUGAAAAUCUCACAUCGGCUUUUCAGCCCUGAUGUCAAAAUAUCUGUGCAACAGCAGUGACUUUGUAUGGCGCUUAAUGAGAUCAAAUCACCUGUUAGAAAUCUUGUAGUCGUUUCCCAACAUUUGUCGUGUUGUGUUGUUAGUGUGUAUACGUGUACAGCUGAUUGUCAAGUCUAUUUAAAUCAUUACCUGACCGGACAAUAAUGAUGUUUGUGUACCAUAAUGUACAGACUGUGAUCCUGAAAACAGAGUUUGUUUUUGUUUUUUAGUGUCUUUUAGUGAAUGAUUCAAUGUGAAUGAAUGAGGGAGUGAAAAGAAAAUAGGGUAUCUAUAUACUGUUUGUGUGUGAGUGUGUAUGACUGUGUGUGUCCAUGCACAGGCUAUGGCUGCAUUUACACAGCACCAAACAUAAUCAGAUUUCUAACCCUUUGUGGCACAUAAACACAAAAGGAGACCCUAUUGUUCCCAUGUGGCCUCUCCUCUGUUUUCACAUGUGCUAUAAAGACUUAAAAUCUGGAUAUAUUUUCAUGGUCUCUGUGAAUCCAGCACAUCAAGCAUGAGUUUUUAAGUUUUGGAUCAUUUGACCAUCGCUGAAUGUGUAUGGAAGACAAUGCGGAUGUGAAAAAUAAUUUUCACUUUGACAAAAAAAAGAAACUCAAGUGCCUCUAUUUGUGUCCAGUGGGAAUUGCUCUAUUUAUUUAAGAACAAAGACUUAAUCUAAAUGAUUUUCCAUACCAUAUUGGUAUAAAUAUGAGAUUGUUUUUCGUAAAAUCAAAUGUUUCCACAAGCUUUUUACUGGCGUUUAUGACGACACCAGGGUUUGGCUUUAAGAAAAAUGUGUGAUUUUAACGUGUCAAAUUUGCAUCAGUUGCUGUUUUUUUUCUUGAUGAUUUGAGCAAGUAUGGGUUUGUCUGAAAUGCCUGAAAAUUUUAAACCAUCGCAUGCAAUAAAGGAUAGCUUCAGACCAAGAACUACUUGUGUCCAUUUUGAAAAAAGAAAAGAAAAACAGUCAGCGUAUUUCUUGUCGCAUAAUCAUUUACAGUGUGAAUGUUCUACAUCACCUGAAAAUACAGAGCCGCUUUAAAUGCACAACACUAAAGUUAACAGUCUAGUUAGAUGGAGGUAAUAACAUUCAAGAACGUCAAGUCACUUAACAGGAAAAGUUCAACAUUUUAGGAAAUCCGGUUAAUAAUCUUCUUGCAGAAAGUAAGAUGAGAAGAUUGAUACCACUCUCAUGUCUGUACGCUAAAUAUGAAGCUAGAGCAAAAGCAGCUAGUUUGCUUAGCUUAGCAUAAAGACUGGAAACAGGGGGAAAGAGCUAGCCUGCUUUUAUCCUGAGGUUACAAAAUCCACCUGCUAGCACCUCUAAAGUUCACUAAUUAAUAUUGUAUCUAGUUUGUUUGAGUGCUAGAUCAUUUAUUUUUUGUACAAUAAAAUAAUAACUUUAUUUAUAUAGCACCUUUAAAAAGUUUACAAAGUGCUUUGACAGACAAGGCAAAGCAGAAACAGGAUAGAAUGUGUAAAAUGUCUGCAUCAUGACAAUCAAGAUAUUACAACGUGCACGAAAAGGUUAUUUUCAGUCAAAAGUAACAUAGAUGAUAGCUGCUACAUUAACUGCACAUUGAUCUGAGCUAUCGCUUUGUGUUUGCUAACGAGGUAUCAUCUCUUGUUACGAGAGGUGAAGCCGCGGAAGUCGACAGAACAACGUGCAGAUUCUACUUUGUGCAGUCUGUCCCUACCUGCUGGGUAGCUAACGCUAGUUGAAGCAUCUGCAAGCUGACAGUGUAGCUGUAUGGGAUAACCUGUAUGAUGUUUCAGUGAUGUUUUAGUCUUCCUGCAUUUUGCAGGGGGUAAACAAAUUAUUAAAAUCGUGAAUCGUCCCCAAGCUUGUAAAAAAAAAAAUCAAAAAUCAGAAUUCUAUUUUUUGGCCAUAUUUCCCAGCCCUGAUUUGUUGACAAAAGCCAAAGUGUAAAAGCAACAUGUUGUGGUUUUACGGGGGGGUUAUGUGCUGGACUUUUUCAUGGCCAAGCAUAGUCACUUCACAGUACACUUUGGUUUUUGAUUGGAUUAACAAAACCCAAGAUAUAACAUCUUAAUUAUUGGGAUUUGUUAGCUUUGGACAAAGCCAAGCUGGCCAUUUCCUCCUGUUUUCAGUCUUUGUGCCAAGCUAAGCUAACUGGCUGCUGACUCUAGCUUCAUAUUUAGCACACAGACAUGAGAGUGGUAACUCUCAGCAAGAAAGUGAAUAAGCGUAUUUCCUAAGAUGUCAAACUAUUCCUUUGAAAUGGACUCAUGGUUCUUCAUCUGAAAGCCUGAAAAUGUCUACUAAUGAACAUUUUUGAAAAACAGUCCAAACUCCACUCCCUGUUUAAAAAAAAAAGUCUUUUAAAGUUGUUUUUUAAAAUUAUUUGGGGUCAUGAAGCCAAAUUAGGAGAAUUAGGAGUCUCCCCCAAGGAGCCAAUGAACGUCUACUACAGCCAACAAAGAAACCCACAAACUGUUUCUGUUAGACCUCAGUCGUUACAAGUCAAUAGUUGAUCCACAGUGUUGCUCAGUCCAAUUCAAUGAUGUUCGAUGUUGUUUUGUUUUAUGGUGAAACAGUGAUGUUACUAUAUGGUUAUUGUUAAUUUCACACAAUGGUCCUUAUUUUGAUUAUAUGCAGCGGUACAAUAUACUUAUACAAUAAUAUGCUGUAAAAUGUCAGAAACAUUGCAUUGGUGACAUCAUGGGAAGCAUUGGUUUCAUCCCACUAUGCUACAUGUCACAUGAUGACUAUGGUAAAUGUUGAAUUCAUUUAACAGUUCAUUUGACUAUAUGCAAUGUCAAUAUGUCGAUAUAUUCUGAAACAUUUCGGAGACAGACUGCCUCAGCAUGGCCUUUUAUUCUGCUGACAUCUUAUUAAAUAUCUCAUUAGCUCCUGUUACAUUAUCACAGUUGUCAACUUGUUUAUCAAAAGCAGCAGUGACAGAAACAACGUCGCUGCUGUUGUGAUUACAAUACAGAGCAAGAGAGACUGAUUUAUUUUUUGACAACAGAUGGUUACAAGCCGAUAAUACAUUGAUAAUCUCUCCAGUAGUGAUGAGUGUUAAUAUUUGUUUGCAUUUCAGAAAAUCACAGAUACAUUUUGAUUGCUUAGGAAAUUGCCAAAUCUUCCUCAUACAGUAAAUGAACUAGCAGUAUUAAUAAGGAUAAUAAAGGGUUCUAUAAUCUACCAGAAAGCUGCUUUUUUCUUGGGUUUUUUUCCAUUUGAUUGUCCUCAGUCGUACUGUCGGAGUCAGUGUUAGAAGCAAGUAUUUGAAAGAGAUAAUCACUUGUUGAGGUCACUGGAGGGAGACAUUAAUACGCUCUCACUACCGCACAGGUCAGUUUGAGAAAAUAACUGCUAACAUGUUACAUCAUGUUUAUGCUUAAUUACUAAGUAGUAACCAUUAGUUAUUCCAAGUUAUUCCUUAGUAAAAUCAACUAAUGCUGUGGGAGAAUUCAUAUCUUCAGCUGUGACAGAAUACACCACUUUGGCAAAUAAGUUCUGCAACCAGUUUACUGUAUAUCUGUGUUUAUUUAUUGCGCAGUACAAUAAACUUACAGGCAGUAGGCCAAUUGUACAUUUUUAACAUGGGGUAUGGCGUAAUGGUAGCCAGUAACUAGUGUCAUGUUUCGAGAUCAAGGCAAUUAUUAAAAGCAGCAAUGUGAAGCGCCACUACGAGACAAAGCACAGGGCAUCUUUUGAGCAGAUUAACAAGGGGGAUGGAUUGUCCCCCCUCACAUUGCCUACUGAUUACAGGAAUACUUUGACAUAAUCGACAAAAUCCAUACCACUCUCAUGUCUCUGUGUUAAGUGCGAACCUAGAACUGGGAGGCAAUUAGCCUAGCUUAGCAUGAAGACUGGAAGCAGGGGGAAACAGCUAGCCUGCCCCUCUCUAAAGUUAAAAAACAUCUGCGUAGAACCUCUAAAGGUCACCGAUUAACACAUAUCUCGUUUGUUUAAUCCAUACUCUCAACAAAACUACUUAGAAAUAGUUCCAGCAGCUAACUCUGCCUAAAACCACACAUUGUAGUUUUUACAUUUCUGUUUGUGUACGGAUUAAACUAACGAGAUGUAACAUGUUAAUUAGUGAGCUUGAGGUGUUGAUAGGUAGAUUUUUGGACUUUGGUCCCUCAGUCUUUAUGCUAAGCUAGGCUAAUUGCCUCAGAGCUCUAUCUUCUUACUUAACACACAGACAGGAGAAUGGUACAGAACUUCACAUCUAACUGAUGUUAGACUUAACAAAAUGUAAUAGGCACUUUGUAUUGUAGUUGAUAAAAAGCUCUUGUAUCAGGGUAAAAAUAAAAUACUGGCCAUAAAGAAGUCAAACCUACAAAUCAUCAUUAAAAACACAUCAGUAAGUUAAUCAAGGAGCUUAUUUGUCAACUAACAAUUAGACAGCCUGUUCUCUAUCAGUUUUACAGUAAACUGAAAACUUUAAAAAGCAGCAAUAUAAUUUUAACCAAUCAACCAGUAAUAUUCCCUUUGAAACCAUGUUAAACUCUGCUUUGUUUGCUUUGAUGGGGUCACUGUCCCAUGUGCAGUUAUUCUGUAAUAGCUAUUACUGUAUCCCUCCCAGACACAACAGUGUUUAAUCAUGCGGUGAUUCAAAAUGGCCAGGUGAAAACAACCCAUAAAACAGGAAGUUCAAAAACUGUGUUGACUCUGAGCACUUUGGUGUUUUCAGUCAUUCUGUCAGCUGGUGGUGAUGUAAAAUAGGCCCAGGUCAGUUAACUCCACAACUCUGUGCAAAAUGUAGCGUUUUUUUUAACUAAACCUUGUCAAUACCAGUAGACAGUAUUCUUUGGUUAUUGCAAUUAUACAACAGAAUCAAAAUUCAUGUGGCAUUUAUUGAUGUUAAAAUGCCAGACGGCACCUUUAAGUGUUGGGCAUCCCAAUAUGGUAAAAUGUGCAUAUUUCAAGCCAGACAUUGGCGGUGUGAGACGGGCCGCAACACGGUGCCUCUGAUUCAGCCUGACAAAUCUCGGUCUGUGGUUCAGAUGUACAUCACUGGCUAAACGCAACAUUGUAAAGGUUUCUACAAAAUAACACCUGAGAACACAUCUGUCCAACAUGGAUCGCAUUGUAUUUUUAAAUGUGUUGCACAACUUCAGCUGUUUUUCUGUUUCUAUCAGUGCUAUCUUUUGGCCUUUUAUAUGGUUCUUUUUAUAAUGAAGUUGUUCUAUGUGAUGAUCAGAAGUUGUGAUGCAGUUCCAUUGUUUUUAAAUAUUUAAUGUCUCUAAAAUAUGGAUUAAAAUCUGUUUGAACCAGU